AUGGCGUCUAAGAAACGACGAAAGUACCAAAAGCGUCAUGCACACGAUUUUUUCGACUUCCAAGAGGAAAUAGAAGCCUUGUUUAACAAAAAAUUUGUUUUAAAAUCAAACGAGGAAGCAUGGGAACUUCCGCAUUCCUCUACUAUGUUUCAAGAACCACCAUUCAUUCUAGCCGACCUGAUCUCGCUAAAAGAUGAUUUGAAUCAGAAGAAGAGUUUGCUGAAUGAUAUGGAUAUUGUCAAAUGGCAUUUGCACACCCGUAGAACUCAUAAAGCCGGUCUUGUCGUGAAGCACCUCAGAGAGAACUUCAAUGCAGAGAUGUGUACACAGGCCUGGACUAAAUUCUACGAAAUCUUAAACGCCUUUGAUCUUAUCCCAGAGGAUGCACAAAGGAGUGAAAAAUUUCGCUCUGUGCACCUCUGUGAGGCCCCUGGAGCUUUUGUUGCAAGUUUGAAUCACUAUUUGAAGAGCCAUUACAACGGUAUGGAUUGGCAGUGGGUUGCUAAUACUCUGAAUCCUUACUACGAAGGAAAUGACCUGGAAGCCAUGCUGGAUGAUGACAGGUUUAUUUUAAAAACAUUGUCGCAUUGGAAUUUUGGUGUUGAUGGAACUGGAGACUUGAUGAAUCUGGAUAAUCUGGAUUCUCUUAAACAGGAGACAGGUGAAAGUCACUUGGUAAGGGAAAAGUCAUAAGAGUCCUCUUGUGUUGUCUAACAAUGAUUUAUUUUCUUUAAAUUAUUUCGAUUGAAGGUUUCAUUGUGAUAAUGUAGCUCCAGCCAGUUUGUGUAAAUCUGGGCACUUAACAGUGAGAUUGUGGAAACUGUUUGAGAUCAGAAGCCCAGAUACAUGAAUUUGAUAUGCCACUGAUUUUAGUUAUUUAUGUCUUCCUGUUAGGUGGAAGGCAGAAUGUCUCCCAAUCUUUUUACCAGAGCUGUAACAUUUUUUGAUAUUUUACAAAUGAAGGUCUAUGAGUGAAACUUAGUUACAUGAUUUCAGUGAGAGGUUUGACAAUCAAAAUCAAAAACCUGAAAAAAGAAAACAUUCUCUUUGUAUUUCAUUUUAACUAAUGUAUCAAAAUUUUGACUUGAGUUUGUAAGAUUCUUACUAUGGAUCUUUUCUGGUCUUUUGGCACCCUCCCCCCACCACCACCUAUUACACAUUCUCUAGACCCCAAAGGUGCUUCUGCGACAAUCUGGUUUAAGCUCUCCAGUUUAAUAUUUGCUCCACAUCUCCAGGGCUCAGGGAACAGUUGCUUCAUAGGGCAUCUUGACUGUUCAAUUGAAAAAUAAAGAGACCAGUUACAGUCUAAUAAUACUUCUCUUUGGGUCGGUUUUGUUACUCUUCAGGUGACAGCAGAUGGCAGUAUUAAUUGUGCUAAUCAACCCGAUGAACAAGAAAGUCUUGUGGGGCAAUUAAUCUUCUGUGAGGCAGUAGCUGCUAUGAACCUACUUUGCCAAGGAGGAAACUUUGUGUUCAAAAUGUUCACUGCACUUGAACAUCAAAUGGUUUCUCUGAUGUAUCUUCUUGCUUGUGUUUUUCAAGAAAUACAAGUCAUUAAACCAGGUAGGAACAUGUAUAUAGCUCAUUGCGCAGCUUGUAUUCAAAAUGUUCACUGCAUUUGAGCAUCAAAUGGUUUCUCUGAUGUAUCUUCUUACUUGUGUUUUUCAAGAAAUACAAGUUAUUAAACCAGGUAGGAACAUGUAUAUAACUCAUUGCACAGCUUAUAGGAGAGAUCUACUGAGUUGUAUGGGAUACCUUCUGUGUCAUAGUGAGAAAAGGUGGUAAACCCCGUUAGACACUGACUUGGGAACUCCCUAACACUUAAUCUUCCAGAAGUGAUUAACAUGUAACUUCUCCCUAUAAUAUCCUCACGUUACCUAGCAAACUGGUAAUGAGAAUACUCAAAUUAGACACUGUCAGGUAGAAAUGAUUUUCUUGAUUUAUCACCAAAUUCUCAAAACUAAUUACAAGGUAAUGAGUAGAAGCUAGAGGGGAGAAUUAAAAAUGAGUUCUUGAAAGUUAAGGGGUUAAUGGAAAAUCUUACCUAGACUCCUCUAACUUAAGACACCCCAUACUUAUUUUGAACAAUCGAAACACUGAAAUAUAUCAAGUCUUACAAAAAAAAGUUUUAAAGAGGAACAAAUUAUUUCAUUGUUUUCUUCUAGGUACUAGUAAAUCUGGUAAUUCAGAAGUAUAUAUUGUAUGCCUCCGAUUUAUUGGAGAACAGCAAAUUCCAAGUUGUAUUUUGGAAGAACUGAGAAAGGCUUUCACUCCACACUGCCCAUUACCAAGCCUCUUUUCUUUACAAUCAAUUCCCACUACUUUUCUGGAGAGAUUGAGAACAUGCCAGAAGUACUUUACAGGACUUCAAAUGGAAGCCAUUGAUCUGAACAUUCAACAGUUCCACUACAUGACUUCUGCAGAGAGAAAGGCACACAAUCAACUUCGUCAGCUUGUGGUGGAAAACUUUGUAGAAAAAUUCCAUUUGCAGCCAAUCAGUGAAGAGGAGCAUGUAGUAAUGAGUACCAGCUUAGAUGGGACACAGUUAAGCUUCAACAGAGGGCCCACAAAUUGUGUCCCUUUUGCUGAGACUUUUGCUGGUACACGUCAGAGGGGAAGUUACAACCAGAGACAAGGAAAUCUUCAUCAGAACUGGCUGGACAAAAUCAAAGUUGAUAGUCAGUUAAAAUUUUGUCCAUCUCAUUCUAGAACUUUGCAAGGUAGGCUGAUGGGUUUUUCAUUUCCUUGAUUGAAGCAACCUAUGUAAACUAUUGUAUUUUUUUUAAGACCUUGUCAAAAAAUGGUUAUGUUGUGGACAUUUCUCAGAAGAGCACUUUCAGACCUGCUGUAUUACAAGUUUUACUUAGGAGAGGUAACUUUUCAAACUGUAAAAUUAGGCAACCACCUAAAAUGUCUUAAUAAUGUUAGACUAAUUUUCUCAAUUGAAAGCCCAAGCAUAGCCCCAUACAAAUUACUGAGCCCAAAAUCCAAUGGCAUGUCUUGUAUAUAUGCAUUCUGUGAUUUACCAAAAUCUAUUUUUGGAACACUAGUCAAAUAACUGGAAAAAAAAUUUACAGUUCUACAAUUUGGUAACAUUGUCAUUACCGUGGUACUGAUGAGCCUAUAUUCAUCUGUAACUAAGGAAUACAAUUUAUCUCAUUUCAGGCUUAGUACCUGAUAGCCUAUCUUUAAAUUCCUAAAUAAAUCACUUGUGGUUGUUGGGGAAAAACAACCACAAAUUCUGUAAAUUAUCCCCUGAAGGGAUGUGUUGUUGAGGCCUAUUAUUUUUUCUUUUUUUUUUUUUUUUUUGCUGAAUUUCAUAACAAAAAAAUUAUUCAGCCCAUGACCCACAAUUAUUUGGUAUGCCACACAUUCCAAUCUUUCACAAACGGCCUUCAAGUGUCUAUGAAACAAGACAGAGAGGAAGAUAAAUUUUUUGAUAAUUUGUUUCAUAAACAUAUUCCGAUCUUGUUGCAGACCUUUCUCAAGUCAGUAGCAGCGUCCCUCUUAUUCCACUUUCUCAUGAUCAAGUUGUAUGGUUACCAAGGACAAAGAGUUCUUCACCAGAGAGCUGGAAACCUAAGACUGCAGCUCGUUUUUUGGGCAUUUUGAAUUCACGUUUCUGCACCCCAAUCUACAUUAGCAAGCUGCAGGAGGCACAUCAACAGGCAGCAAUUCUGAGAGAAGAAAAUGCUGACAAUCUCAGAGCUCUUUUGGACAAAGUGAAUCCUUCAAACAUUGUCAAGAUGUCAAGUGGAGGGGAAGCAGAACUGCGAAAUCUUGAUAAUCUUGUUUUCUUUUCAGAAAUGGCAAAGGGUGAAAAUUAUGGAAUUGUGCUGAAUCUUGUCAGUCGCCCAUACUCCUUAGAACAAUACUUACAAGAGAAGAACGCAAGAUUCAACUCCGUUCAGUUGCACAUGUCAACAGAAAGUGGAACACCUCAUGGAGCUAUUAACAAUGAAAAACUUUGUAAAUCUCAGAGAGUAAACCUUGUCUUUGCCAAUUUCAGCCACACUGAUGAGUUGAGUUCAAAACGAGAGAUGGUUUAUCUUUGCAUAGUUGCUCUGAGGCUUUUAGAAAGUGGAGGAAUGUUUGUCCUUAACUUUCACCAGACACUGACAAGGUUCAGUGUCGGCAUUUUGUUUAUAUUGCACCAGGUGUUUGAUAAAUUAGCCAUUGUUAAACCAGUGGUGUCACAUCUUUUCAGCCCACAGAGGUUUCUGGUAUGCAAAGGAUUUCUCAGUGAUGUUGAACAUUACAUAACCUAUCUUGCACAGGUUUUUGAUCAGCUCUCAAAACUGGACCAGGAGAAAUCAGCAUUUGAUGUUGUUGAGAUUGUUCCGAUGGAUCUUCUGUAUAGUGAACAGUUUUACUUAUUUGUUAAGCGGACAAAUGAGCAAUUGGCUUAUUUACAACUUAAGGAAAUUGUUCAACUGGAAAAUUUCUUUCUUAAUCCUGAUCAAUUGCCAUUGUCAGAAGAAAUUUCAAAUCUCAAAAAGGAGGUUACUGCAUACUUAAAAUAA